UCAAAAUUUGUGCUUGCAUUGAUGAUUGAGGGAGUUUAGAAUGAACCUCUUCAUAAAUGCAAAAGGUCCUUGAAGGACCUAUUUGUUUAGCAUAGAAAGUGCUGCCAAUUUAGGUGGAAGAAAACCACUGGCAGCCAAUAGCAGGCACCUGCAACAAUGAAGUUAUUGAGAUUCAUUCUGUGUAGCAUUUUAAUAUUUAGUCAAGCUCAAAACUUCAUUUAGUUUUCCUAAUUUUACCAGAGAGUCUUGGUACACCAUCUACCAUAUAUAUCAGGCAGCAACAAUUUAGUUUUAUAGUUAACCCGACAUAUAUGAUGCAGUUAGAUACGUAGUUUCCUAGAAACAUUUGAUCUUUUAACACUCCCUAACUACUUCGAACUACUCCCUUCGCAUCUUCUUUCCCUCACCCCACCUUACAAUUGCUUGCUUAAUCCUAUGGCCUUUCCUUCCCAAGCUGACCAAGGACAACCCCAAAGCAUCGAGCACCUCUUUAAAUUGGAACACACCUUCCUCAUUGAUAGGAAAAGAGAAUAAUUGGCUCAUCUCCCUCAACCAUUUCUUAGUUUCAUUAGAACUCCUAUCCCCUCCCACUACCCUUGGCGUUACUAUGAUUGGUGGUCACCUUCUUAGAGACCACAAUCUCAUGGCAUUUCUUUCAACAUAUUCAUUUGUUAAAGUAUUACACUAUCCUCAACGUCAGAAUUGCUGAGCUUGUACUAUCUUUAUGUAAUAUUAAGAUUACUACUUGAGAAGAAGACAAUGUAGCUACACACCAUGGGGGAAGGGGGAUCUCUAUUUGCUAAACAGGUUCUAUAUAUCAUUAAGAGCAUUAAAUAUGCUAAAUUCUGUCAAAACACAGUAUCUGUACUAAGUGGUUGCACAGUUGAAUGUCAUAGUUUUGAACAGUUCAAUGAAACAGUAAAUCUUCUAAUGCACACACAUGAAAGCAGCGAGCAGAAAAUGACUGUAAAUAAACUAUCAAGUCAAAGUAGUGCAGAAAAAUAUUCUGAAAAGAGUUCUUGAAAUUUCAUUGCCUCUUCAUAGAAGAAAAAGGCAGAUAGCACAGAGGUUUAUUUACUGGGUAAUAAAAACAAACGGCAAAACAGAAUGUGUCAUUUUUCGUAUUCUCUAAUGACAUACUAUUUAGCAAAGCCACAGAAAUAUACCUGCGAGAAGUUAAUUCCACAAGCGAUGUGAACUUCUGGAGAAGGGAAUGCAACUACAAAAGAAUCAUUCAUCCUUGCAUGAACAGGUUCAUUAAGAAAAGGUGCCAUUUUCUCACAACUCUUUCCUCCCUGAUCUGUGGCCACCCUUAACCCAACUUGUUCAAUUGCUUCCACCCACUCCCUUUCAGAUCCAUCAAAAAUAGGAACCUGCGUCAGUUUAUUUGGAUACUAUUAGUCUCCUUGUGCAAUAUUCAGCGUAUUCUAUUUGCUGACCUGACCUUCAACUAGUUAUACAAAACUAGGGAGUUUAUGGAUGUGUCUGCCAAAUUUUAAAUCAAAGUUUAAUUGUUCAUACAAAUGGAGGAAAACUCGUCAUUUUUCAGUCGAGCUCCAGCUCCAGAGGUUGGUAAUUGCUGUGUCAUUCCUGAGUGUGCACUAAGGCCAUUAGUAGGCGAAGCUUCUCAAUUCUUGAGGGCACUCAAGAUCGAUUUACUGGAUAUGGAUGAUGCAAUUCCUGAAGCAGCUCUAAGGCCAUCAAAAGGGCAUUUGGAAAGGAGAUGGACCUGGCGUACAUAUGUUAAAUCCGCAGAGACUAUUUAUGAGGUGCUCAUGGCUCUCCAGGCUGCUGCUCUGCUUCCCUCUGCUUUCGCCAUUCCCAAAGUGGGAAAGUCUAGUGUUUCAUUGAAGGACUCUUUUCAUUUUGGAAUUUCACUCUCUGAUCAUGUCAAAGUUGAAUCCAGCUCUUCUGCAUUAAGAUUCAAGGUACCACCUAUAAAUUACACUAUUUUUUUCCCGAGUUUUGAGAAAAAAAUACAAGAAAUUCUAUAGAUUUGACAUAAUUGAACAAACCAAAUUAAGGUUAGAAUAAUUUAUCGAAUUAAAUUUUUUUUUA